ACGAGCUCAGCUGAUGCAACCUAACCGGACCCGCGUGACACUUCCCGGCACGCGGCGGCGGCGGCGGCGGCGACCGAGGAAGGGGCGCGAGUGCCGGGCCGAGCGCGGGAGACAGGUGACGGAGCCAUGGGAGACGCUCCGAGCCCUGAAGAGAAGCUGCACCUUAUCACCCGGAACCUGCAGGAGGUUCUGGGGGAAGAGAAGCUGAAGGAGAUACUGAAGGAGCGGGAACUUAAAGUUUACUGGGGAACGGCAACCACAGGCAAGCCUCAUGUGGCUUACUUCGUGCCUAUGUCUAAGAUUGCAGACUUCCUGAAAGCAGGAUGUGAGGUAACGAUUCUGUUCGCGGACCUUCAUGCAUAUCUGGAUAACAUGAAAGCCCCCUGGGAACUUCUAGAACUUCGAGCCAGCUACUAUGAGAAUGUGAUCAAGGCAAUGCUGGAGAGUAUUGGUGUGCCCUUGGAAAAGCUCAAGUUCAUCAAAGGCACUGAUUACCAGCUCAGCAAAGAGUACACGCUAGAUGUGUACAGACUCUCCUCCCUGGUCACACAGCACGAUGCCAAGAAAGCUGGAGCUGAGGUGGUAAAGCAAGUGGAGCACCCUUUGCUGAGUGGUCUGCUGUACCCCGGACUACAGGCCUUGGAUGAAGAAUAUUUGAAAGUAGAUGCCCAGUUUGGAGGCAUUGAUCAGAGAAAGAUCUUCACCUUUGCAGAGAAGUACCUCCCUGCACUUGGCUACUCAAAACGGGUCCAUCUGAUGAAUCCUAUGGUUCCAGGAUUAACUGGUAGCAAAAUGAGCUCUUCAGAAGAGGAUUCCAAGAUUGAUCUCCUUGAUCGGAAGGAAGAUGUGAAGAAAAAACUGAAGAAGGCCUUCUGUGAGCCAGGGAAUGUGGAGAACAAUGGGGUUCUGUCCUUCAUCAAGCACGUCCUCUUUCCUCUCAAGUCUGAGUUUGUGAUCCUUCGAGAUGAGAAAUGGGGUGGAAACAAAACCUACACAGCUUACUUGGACCUGGAAAAGGACUUUGCUGAUGAGGUCCUACACCCUGGAGACCUAAAGAAUUCUGUUGAAGUCGCCCUGAACAAGUUGCUGGAUCCCAUCCGGGAAAAGUUUAAUACCCCUGCGCUGAAGAAACUGGCCAGCUCUGCCUACCCAGAUCCCUCGAAGCAGAAGCCAACUGCUAAAGGCCUUGCGAAGAAUUCAGAACCAGAGGAGGUCAUCCCAUCCCGGCUGGAUAUCCGUGUGGGGAAAGUCAUUAGUGUGGACAAGCACCCAGAUGCAGACAGCCUGUAUGUGGAGAAGAUUGAUGUGGGGGAAGCUGAGGCACGGACUGUGGUGAGCGGCCUGGUGCAGUUCGUGCCCAAGGAGGAACUACAGGACCGGCUGGUGGUGGUGCUGUGCAACCUGAAACCCCAGAAGAUGAGAGGAGUCGAGUCUCAAGGCAUGCUUCUGUGUGCUUCUAUAGAAGGAGGGAGCCGCAAGGUUGAGCCUCUGGACCCUCCUGCAGGCUCUGCUCCUGGUGAGCGAGUGUUUGUGAAGGGCUUUGAGAAGGGCCAACCCGAUGAAGAGCUCAAGCCCAAGAAGAAAGUCUUUGAGAAGUUGCAGGCUGACUUUAAAAUUUCUGAGGAGUGCAUCGCACAGUGGAAGCAAACCAACUUCAUGACCAAGCUGGGUUAUGUCUCCUGUAAAUCGCUGAGAGGGGGGAUCAUUAGCUAGCCAACCCAGCAUCGUCCUCCCUUCUCCCAUCAUCCCAAGUCAUCUGCUGUCUCCUCAACGUGCUCCUCCAUCACCCAUUUGCCCAUUUCCCAGGACACUGAAGCAGGAAAUUUGGGACUUUAUUAGGUGCAGAACUUGGUAAGGGGCAGCUAGCUCAUUCUUCCCCGAAUCCCGGAUCAUCCUGCCUGGCUGCAGUGCGGGGCUGACCUCCCAGGUAGUAACAGGGGCAGGGCAGCAGCAGGGAGUCCAGCUCUACCUUCUUCCCUUGGCAGCUGACUUGAGAAAUCUGGUUUCAAUAUAACUCAAAAAAAAGUUUGUACCACAAUCCUUCUAAUUUGAAAAAUAUUCGUUCCCAAGUUUUCCUCGAGUUAUCCCAGCAGCUGUGCCUCUGGCUGUGAUCUGGUGCCUGAACUGGGCUAAUUACAGCUUCUCUCCAAACAGGAAAUUGUGGGAUUUGAGAAGGGAAAACAGAGAACCUAGUGGUCUACCAAGUGGUUGGCCACUUUUCCCAGUGCCUGCCAACCCUGAGGCUUGGCACUGGGGGGCAAGGCUUGCCCCCAGAGCUCCUGGAAUUUUCCUUGAUCCUGCUAGGUUGGGACACUCCCUAAACCAGCCAUGUGUUGUUAACAUCAGAAGUGGGGUGGAUGGCACAGCCUGGUUCUUUCUUCAGAGAGGGUGGGGUACUUCUCCAUAAGGCAUCUCCAUCAGAAUCACUAACCAUCACUGUCAUGAAUUCAAAUAAAAUGUCUGAACAAGG